AUGUACGAGGUUGUGUGGGUAGGUUUUUGUACAGUUUCGAAAUUUUUUAAAUUUCGAUUUUUUUAAUUUUAAAAUUAAAAAUUUUUGAAAAAUCACCUUUAAUUUCAGCCGGGGGUAGAAGGUUUUGAAGUUUUUUUCAAUUUUAGAAAAAAUGUCUACAGGGAGUAUUACGUUUGUUUUUUUAAUUGAAAAAAAGCUACUGUCACCCGCAGGCUGCAGAAAACAAAAACAAACUGUUUUCAUGGAGAAAUGGCAAGAACUUUCUUUACAAAACGAAAAAUGGCAAGAACUUUCUUUACAAAACAAAAAAUGGCAAGAACUUUCUUUCCAAAAGUUAAAAUGAAUAAUUUCAGCGUCUUAAAUGUGCGAAACAGUCCAAAAUGGCUGUAACGAUGCGGCCGAACAUUGUCCGCCGACGUUCCUCGUCCAACCUCGCCAACUCUAACUUAUCGACCACGAAUCGACGGUCGAGCAUUAGUCAAAAGGAUAUCGACUACAUUCAAAGUGUUUUGUCGGUAAAGAAUGUAAAAUUUUUUUAAAAAUGUGGAAGAAACUUUCUUUACAAGACAAAAAAUGGCAACAACUUUCUUUACGAAACAAAAAAUUGCAAGAACUUCCUUUACAAAACAAAAAAUUGCAAGAAUUUUCUUUACAAAACAAAAAAUUGCAAGAAGUUUCUUUACGAAACAAGAAUUGGCAAAAACUUUCUUUACAAAUCCAAAUUUUUUCAAAUUUCAGCGUAAAAAGCAAGUAUCCAACCAGCUGACCCUAAUAUUCAUGGUGUUAUUCCCCAUCUUCAUCCACCUUUACUACCCAUUCGUCUCAACAUACCAUGGUCGUAUCACUAAGCUCCAUAAGUUUAAGCUACACGACUUUCUACCACCAUUAAAACAAAUCACACCGUACUUAAUAGUAUCAGCCACAGUACUACUCCAAUUCCUCUUCUUCUGGCUUCUACCGGCUACUGUAAAAAUCUACCGUACCCAGGCAAAUCAGUUGUUUCGACAACAUUGUAAUGCCUUUAGCGGGAUGGUACUAAAUGCCCUAGUUUUUGGGCUUGGAGCCGCGUUUAGGUGGUACAGUCCAACGCUGAUUUUUGAUAAUUGGAACGGGAUUAUGGUGGUUAUGGGCAUGUUGAGUAUGGUUGUUAUUUUAUGGCAGUUUUAUGCUCAUAGCGAGAAGGAUGAUGAACGUAAGGUUUAAGGGAGAAAGAUGGUUCUCAUUGCCCGACCUUGAAAGGUUUUACUUUACCCUGACUUACCCUUAAAUUACCCUAUUUAUUUUAUCGUACCCUACUGUACAUUACCCUACCGUACCUGCUUUUCCUUACCGUGCCUUAUCCUCUUUUUACCUUACCCUAUCAUACCCUGUCCACUCUACUUUAUAUUACCCUAGGCUAGCCCUGCUCUUCUUUGACUUUGUACUAACAGUACCAAAAACAACCAGUACUACGAGUACCAAAAACAACUAGUACUACUAGUACCAUAAACAAUCAAAUUUAAUAAAAAAACUUUCAGCCGAGGACGUUAUCAAUGACAUUUUCUUCGGAAAACUAGCCCAGCCAGUCGUGUUCGACAUGGAUUUGAAGGCCUUUCUGACUAAUCGAGUGUUAGGAGCUUUAUAUUGUUGUUACCUAUUCUCUGCUCUGGCCAAACAACGAAUUACAGUUGGAGUUUUGACGCCUGGACUUAUUUGCUGUGCCAGUUUACAGGUAAUAGACUUUUUGAAUGGUUUAACGGUUGUUCAGUUGAUUUCAUAUAGUUUUAGUCCUCUUUUCAAUAUUUUUGUUUUGUUAUCUUGAUAAGCAUUAACCAAAAUUAAUAUUUUGAUCGUUGUUCAGCUAAUCUACUGGCUCCGCCGUUCCUGGAACGAUCCCUGCCGUCCCAGCUCACUGGACAAUCAGACAAACAAAGCCGGUUUUUGUCGCAUUUGGGGCGCAUUGGUAUUCCUGCCAACGCUCUACCUAACUCCAGUCACGCUGAUGGCCCAAACCUCGAAAAGUCCACAUAUUGCAUCGUGCUGUGCUCUGUUCUUGCUCGGACUACUGUUUCAGCUUUGGACUGGACUAGUUGAUGAACAGAAAAAAGAGUUUAGGGAUUGUGAUGGUCAGAUGAAGAUUGACGGUAAAGAUCCCUUCUACAUCGUGGCCAAAUAUCGAAAAGAAGGCGGAGAAGCUGCUACUAAUAUAUUAUUAGGUAGGUUUUUGGUGAAAAAGAUUCUUAUUCUUCCGUUUUAUCUAAAAUUACAAGAAAAGUUAUAGGAAAUGGGACUUAAAAGUAGUUUUGCCGAAAAAAGGAGGUUUCGAUGUUAACCAUGGCGGAAAUCGUUGGUUUUACAUAAACACUGCAAGUUUUGGCGAAAAUUUGUUUCUGCCAGAAGGAAUAUUCAAUUACCUAACUAUUGAUACCAAAUACACAUAGCUUCCCAUCAAAAAUCACUUGAUAUUACCUUAUAUUAACCAAGGCGCAUUUCAAAGUUGCACAUUUCGAAAAAAACGUCGUUUUACCUAAAAUUUCAACAAUUUAUAGUAAAAACGUACUUUCUUCUUCAAAAACAUCUUAUUACCUAUAAAAUAAAGCAGAAGACGCUUUGUUAACCAGCAAUAUCCGAUAUUAUCCAUGACUUUCAGGCAGUGGCUACUGGGGAAAAGCUCGUCAUUUCAACUACGCCACCGAAAUCCUGUCUUUCACCUGUUGGACCCUGGUAGUCCGAUGGGAUUUUAUGGUUGGCUACAUUCCAGUCCUGUUUUUGGUUGGAUUCUUGUGGCUUCGAGCGAAUCGCGACGAAUUCAGAUGCUUAUUGAAGUACCAACAUCACUGGAUGCAAUAUACGAACAAAGUUCGGUAUCAGUUCUUUCCGAGUAUUUAUUGA